AUGUGUGACUCACGGUAUUGGUUUGAAGGCAAUGUUUGUGCCGACAGGUGUACAGAAGACGACGCAGCCAUUUACCAAGCUUCAGCCCGCAACAGCAAGGGCAUCGUCUCGUGCUCUGGCAUCCUGGAGGUCGGCCAAAUGAACGAAUACAAGAUCCACCAGCGAUGGUUUGCCCGACUGAAGCAGAAAGCGGACAGCAAGAAGCGUGAGCUAGAGGAGACACGGACCAGGGGCAAGGAGAAUGUGGCGUUGGCGGCCAACGCUCCACGCCACGACCUCCUGAGGAUGGUGAGUCCAGAGAGGGCGCAGCGGAAGCGGAAAUCACAGGGGCCGGGCGGCGCCGACUCCCCCGACUCUCUGAGGAACGGCGAAGAUGUGGUCAAAGUCCGCAUCCCCGACAGCGAAGGGGCUCCGCAAGCCAAGAUGGCGGACAUGGCGAGGGGGGGUGCAGUGAGCAAACCCCCACCGCCCUUGGCGCCUGAGAUUCAGAACGGCUACUUGGUGGGUCCCCAAGGGAAACCGCCAGAGAUGAAUUCAGCAGAAGAGCCGGUAGGAAACGGCAUCUCCUCCCUCAAUUAUCCCUAUCAAGCCAGCGAGCAUGUUGUCCCACAACCUAGAGGGAAGGAGUUUGCAGCGAGCAAGAAGAAAAGGAGGCUCUCCAGGGAAGAGGGCGAAGUGUUGUCAGUUGGAAAAACUGAGGAAGGCCAAUGGAGAGAUGAAAAUGACUGGAAUGGUGUUGAUGGGAAUGAGGGCCUCCUGGGAACUUUGGGAGGGAAUGAGUUUUGUGGUGACGAAAAACCCAUUAAAUCGAGGGAUCGCAUGGAGAUCGAUGAGCAGGCUUCAUCGGUGACUCUAGGCCAUUGGCAACCCUCAACCGGGACUUCAGGUCCAACUGCUGAGGACACUGAGGCAACUCAUUCCACCAAUGACACAACAUUCUCCAUUGACCAAGAGCCAGUGUAUCCCAGUCUCCAGACGGCUGUCAGAGAUAUGUAUUUCUCCGUGAAAGAUAUGUUCUUUGAAACUGCUCAGGAACCUGAGAGGCAGUCACAAUUACCUCAGCCCAUGGAGAUUGUGGCCCAAACUAGUGCCCAGGAGCACAUUAACCCUCUGGAAGUAUGUCCAGCUCAGAGUGUUGACCCUUUGCCCUUAAUUGAUGUGACACUGAGAGGUGACCCCAAUCAAACCCAGGAAUCUGAGGAAAUGGGAACAUCGAGGUUUGAGAUGGAUAUUGCGAUACCCUCUGUCCUUUCUGAAAUCCAAAAUAAAGGCACACCUGACAAUGACAUAUCCAGCACCGUACAGCAGUUCUCCGAAGAUAUAGGACUCGGCAACAAUGGGGACUCCCUAGAGGGUGGUCCACCUCACACGGACAUGCCCAAGGCUCAAGAUGGCUCCCCUUCUCCCCCCUGCAUUUGGGAAGCAAGGCUGCCACCUGCUGUCCAGACCCCAUGUCCGUUGGUGGACGUUGUUCACCCUGAGGUGAAGGCUUCACUUGCACCUCCACCGGUGCAGGCCGAACCCGUAGCCGAAGGCCUGAGACCUGCAUCGCCACGGCAACAGCUGGCAACUGGCACGCUGGCUGAGGCUGUGGAGGGUAAGAACCAGAUGCAAUAUGACAUCUCGCCCGUCUCAGAGAGUACUGGUGACAGUGUUUGUUCCUUGAACAGUGAGUGGGAGAAAUUAGAUUUCCUGAGCACCUCUGAGCCCACAGAUACCUCAGACGAGCCCCGUACACCCGAGACCACGACGUCGGAAGGCACGCAGCCAGAGCUGAGAGAUUCCACCGACGAGGAUGUGCUCCUGCCCCCGAGCAACAUGGAAGCCCAGUUGACCGCAGAGAGGAGAAACCAGCUGGUUCAGCCCGUCUGCCAGGACGUUCUGGCCCUUGAGACAGGAACGGAGGCGAUGGAGGUCACCGGUGCUGGCCAUGCAGGUGAUCAGCUCCCACUGCUGGAUGUGUCUGAGCCUACCAAUCCUGGAGGUAGUGUGAGCCCUGAAGAGAACCAACCAGACAUCCCUGCAGCACUGAUGGGAGGAAUGUUAAGCGAUUUAGUCUUGCCUUUAGUCCAGGCUAGUGCUGCGGACACCACCUUGUCUACAGACAGUAAGGUGUCUGAGGAAGCCGUUGCCGAGGGUGACGAUGAGUUUCUGAAGGUUGACCGUGCAGAGGAAGCGGGAGCUGAGGAGCACGCGCAACGCAGUGUUCCCUCUGACAGUUUUGGUGCCCACUUGGUGGAAAAGUUCCUCUCCUAUUUAAAGAUUCCCAGCUUCCUGCUGGGCGACAGGACGCCUCACAGUGAUGCUGGGAAAGCAGAGGCAACACCAAAUGCCUCAGAGAUUGUGGAACCCAGCUCACAGGCAGAAGGCCUUGCAGCCCUGGGGGUUACCCCCUCAAAGAAGGUCCAGCCUUUGCCGACAUCAUUAGAGGAGGACCUUACCAGUUCUCUGCCAGUCGGACCUGAGGGUUGCCAGGUUUCUGAAGGGCCGCUGUCUGCUGUCCCUCAGGCAGAUGGUGGCCGCACCGUACCCAGCACUGAGGGAGACUUCAGUCUGGGAUCAACUCUCCCCGUGGAGCCAUCCUUGGAGACGGGCAUUAGUCCUGCCCUCUCUGCCGUCCUCCCGCCAAGCACUCCCGAAUCCAACCACCCCCCGGGCACACCAUUGUCUCUACCCCCAAGUAGAGGAGCAGCAGAGGAGCCUCUGGAAGAUCCGUGCCUUUUCCGUACGGAGCUGAAUUUAACCGAGGGGCCGGAAGUCCCAGGUACGCCGGCUCUUCCAGACGUCAGUAGACUCGACGACGCUGAGGAAGGACAGGGCAUGGCGGAUUUAUCAUCCACUGAAGGUGAACCGGCCAAGAACACAGCCCCAUGUCUGGAGGGACUGGCAGGCGAGAGGAGCGUGGUGGAGGGGGAUCCCAGCCAUGGGAAUAAUAUUCUGGAAGUGCUGCACACUCCGGAUAGUGAAGUGAUGCCCGUUCCAGAACCAGUAACACCGAGGACUGAUGGUAUACCAUCAACCAGUGACUCACAAGUCACAAAGAGCAUCUUCCUUACCCAUGGGCCAGAGGUUAGCCAAGUGCCAUCCAUCGUAGUGGACACUAAGGUGUUUAAGGACGAGAUAGUGGCAGCGAAGAUUGAGGAUGAGGAGGCCCUUCAGAAGGAUAUGACCUCAGCGCCCCCUCUCCCAGCCUCGGGUUCCCGGGUGACGGUCAGUGAUAGCACCCCCGCUAUCCCAUCAGCCACUCCGGCAGAGCUAGCUGCUGGUGCCCGUCGCAAAAUCUUCCUGCCCCGCUCCAGGCUGCCUGAAGAGGCCGAAGGGGGAGGCCCUACCCCGCUUCUGAUGCCAGCGCAGCCAAAGAAGGAGGAGGGGGUGAAGAGAAUCCAGCAGGCGGGCACCGACCACCCGGACGAAGGGCCCAGCCCGUUCCUGUUGGCGCCCAGGAGGAGCGGGCCUCUCCUGCAGGCCCCUGCUGCCCCCCAGCAGGCAGCACUGACAGAGCCACGAUCGCCAACCACACCGCGCAGGAUGGCCACCCUCGAGGUGCCCAGGCCUCACAGGGAAGCCGAGGAUGAAAGUGGAAGCUCCCCAACGCCCAGAGGAGUGACGACCAAAGAUGCCAAAGCUGGCUCAGUUAAAACUGAAGUGAAAACCGAAGAGAGCAAACUGACAAAGAAUCUCUUCAAAGCUCCCCAGGUGAUCCGGAAGAUCAGAGUGGAACAAUACUCUGAUGCCACUGGGAAUCUCAAACUCUGGUGCCAAUUCUUUAACAUUUUGAGCGAGUCCACCAUAAUGUGGCAAAAAGAUGGAGUUCACUUGGACAAGCUGAAACAAAGCGCGGGGGAUGAGAGCCAGGUGUCGCUGGCCAUUGUACAGGCCUCAGUGAAGGACCACGGGCUGUACAGGUGUGUCGUGGAGAAUGAGUACGGCUCCGAUGCCACUGACUUCCUCCUCAGCAGUGAGGUGUUGUCGGGAUUUAAUCCAAGAGAGGAAAUUGAAGUGGGCGAAGAGAUUGAGAUGACGCCGAUGUUGAUCACCAAGGGUCUUACUGAUGCAGGUUUCUUGGGCAACAAGCUCUUUGGCAGAAUUAUGAUGAAGGAGCCACACUUUGGCAGUGGAGUACACUAUAAAGCCAACCAGGUGAAGGUCAUCUACGGGUUGGAGCCAAUAUUCGAGUCCGGUGCCACGUGCAUUAUCAAAGUUCAGAAAUGCAUUUCUUAUGGGACCAAAAAGGAAAACAGCCUUAUUGCCAGAAACCAUGACAUCACGAUGCAGGCAUGUAAGCUUCAGAACACAGCGAGAGAGUACAGUAAAAUAUUUGCGGCUGAGACUCGUGCAGUUGAAACCUUUGGCCCAGUACCAGAGGUAAUUCCAUUGUACCUAUUGUAUCGCCCUGCCAACAAUAUCCCUUAUGCGACCAUCGAGAAAGAUCUGAAUGGACAAUUCACGAGGUACUCCGUGGAAGACAAGGGCAAGAACCUUUCAGAGUCCGAGAUUGGGCAGAAGUGUCACACCUUUCAACACUGGAUCUACCAAUGGACAAACGGCAAUUUGCUCAUAACUGACUUACAAGGAGUGGGACUGAAUCUUACCGAUGUGCAGAUUGCAACAACUCCCAAAGGGUAUCAGGGUCUGACAGGAAACAGUCCUUCGUCAGCUAUUGAAGAGUUUGUCACCGCCCAUCAGUGUAACCAUUACUGUGAGGCACUGGGACUAAAAUCCAUUGAUAGCCUUCAGCUUGCCAAGUCAAAAGGAUCCAAAAGCCCACUGAUGACUCGGAAGGGGCACUCUGCUCAGUCAAGCCCUCAAAUCCAGCGGAAGGGUCAGUCUAGCCCUCAGGUCCAAAGGAAGGACCCCCAGUCCAGUCCACGGGCCCAACGGAAAGUCGUGUCCAGCCCACAGCCAUCUCGGAAGAGCGCCACCAGUCCUGGCGUUUCUCGCAGAGCAGGCAACACAGAGGACAGUCACGAACCAGCAGUGAGGCACAAAACUGUGGAGAUCCCCAAGUCGGUCAAACUGCGGUAAAAUGGCGUGGGAACAGUCGGAUCAUCACGGGGUUACCAAGCACUUUCUUUAAAAUGUCAGCGAGCAGUUGUUUUUAACGUGGAAAAGAUUUGAGUCAAAUGAGGGAUACGAUAAACCCGAUGGAAGUGAAGUGUCACCGGCAAUAAUGUCCACCGGGCGCUUUAUGUCCGCAAGAAGCUUUGUAGGUUUGAAAUGAUGAGUCAGACAUGGGAGGGGGGAGAGAGGGAGGGAGGGAAGGGAGGGGAGGAGGGUGGGCGACACUGGGUUAGAAGCAUCACUUGAGUGCGGUGAAUCUGAAGUGAUUCAAUGUGCGUCGGGAAGCCCUGAGGUUUGCUCUCGGACGUGCGGCCUUGCUUUUCUAACUGUUCUCUCGAGUUUAUUUUGGGUAGCAGUUUGUCCCAGGUAGUGGUGUAACACAGAUUGUAAAUCAGCACUUCAUAUUCAAUCCCACUGCAAUCAGUGGGAUUAAAUACCAAGAAGCCCAGCAGCCGAGACAGAAUUCUAGACCCUAUUGUAUGGUUUAUUUGUGUGUGUGCGCAUGUGUGUUUCUUUUUAACAGUUAGCUUUUGAGAUUAUGGCGAGGAUUGGGCUCUGCUGAAGGCAUGUUGAGGGGGUAGAGAAAACAGUGACUCAGACCUUAUAAAAGGCACAUUGCGUUUCAUGAAAGGUACUUUGGUACUUUAUAAGUACUUUCUGGUAGCAGAUUACGGGUAAGUAAACUGCAGGUAGAAGAUCCUUUAUCCGAACAUCCAGAAGCUGAAAAGCUCCGAAAUCCAAAGGUUUUUUUUUUGUGUGAAGUUGUUUUCUCAUUAACAAGGUUGUUUGUCGAGUAAAGCUAACCCAAGUCAACACCCACUCGAUGCGUGUCACCCA